AUGAUUGGGAAUUUUGAGGAGAAGGUUGAGACUCAGUCUGAAGAUCAACCAGAAGACCAAGGAAAUACCAUAAUUGAUGCUGAGACCAGUGACAAUCCUCCGGUGACAGAUAGCUCUGCAGCCCUUGUGAUUCAACAGACUGAUAUUGGGGACAAGGGAGAGAAGAAGGAUGUUGUGUUAGGAGAAGCUGAGGUAACUAAGGUGGACAAGGGUAAAGGCAUAGCUGAUCCGAUAAUUGCCACUCCUUUGGUUAUAGGGAUCCCACCUCAGAUUCCGAUCAAUCUUGAUGGUAAUGUCCCCAAACUGGGAACUAACCUUUUUGUUGGUUCUGCUUAUCAUCCGCAGACAGAUGGUCAAACUGAGGACACUAACCAUGUAUUGGGUAAUCUUCUAAGGUGUCUGACAAAAGAAUAUGGACAAAUAUGCGAUCAAGUGUUACCACAGGCAGAAUUUUCCUAUAAUGACAGUGUCAAUAGAACUACAGGCAAGAGUCCUUUUGAGAUUGUUUAUGGACUCCACCCAUGCAGUGUUUGUGAACUUAGAGAUUUAAGAAUCCUGGAAGGAAAAAGUGGACAUGCAGAGGAUUUCACUCAGUCUAUGAAAGAGGUGCAUGAGAAAGUGCAGAAAACAUUGAUUGAUGCUAUGCAAAGGAUUAAGGCUAAAGAAGAUGAGAGGAGAAAGGACAUUCAAUUUGCAGUGGGAGACAUGGUUAUGUUUAAAGGUCCCGUAGCAGUGCCAGAUGGACCGAAUCAAGAAGGGGAAACUACUCUCAGUGAUAUUCCAGUACCACCCAUUUCGAAACCACAGGCAGAACAAAUUUUAGAUUCUAGGGUGCAAAAGCAAAUGAGGCGUGGCGUUUAUAUGGAACACUUAAUCUAG